ACAUGAUGGAAGGGCAGAAGGCAGCCACAAUCGAGAGUGGAACAGGGCCGCGAGGCAUGUGCAUAGCGCCGCAGUAGCACCUGCGAGUAGCCCCAGGCUGAGCUCAAGCAAGCAAGGAACCUGGCAGUCGUGGCGGUGUCACCAAAGCUUCGCAAGCGCAAACGGCAGCUCGGAUAGCUUCAUAUAAACUCGGUAUUCUUCACUCUCUUCGGUUGUCUCACCUGUACUCAGCUUCGCAUGCCCACUCUCCACGUUUAACCAACCCCGCCGCAGUCGUCGCCGCCGCGACCUUACCCCGCCAAACAACGCGAAGCACCGCGCAGGCGACGAGUUCCGCGACAGCGUUGCGCAGCACUACCCACUCCCACAAUCGCGGCGCAAGCCGACGUGAAAGUCAACAUGUUUGCGUCGAAGAGACUUGGAAAGGAGCUCACCAAGCUGCAGGACAAGCUCCCGCCUGGCAUAACGCUCGUGAAAGCGGAUGACUUCCGAGAUUGGCUCAUGGACAUACAGGUCAUGGACGAGAAUCCGAUAUACAAAGGAGAGACCUAUAGAUUGAAGUUCACCUUCAGCCAAAGCUACCCGAUCGAGGCGCCCGAGGUCGUCUUCGUCCGCGACGAGACGCAUCCGAUACCCAUUCAUCCACAUAUCUACUCAAAUGGCAUCAUAUGUCUCGACCUACUUGAUCGUCAAGGAUGGUCACCGGUCCAUAACGUAGAGAGUGUGUGCGUCAGCCUGCAAAGCAUGUUGACGAGCAAUACAAAGAACGAGCGACCGCCGGGUGACGAAGCCUUCGUUCGGUCAAACACGCAGAGGCCGAGAGACAUUAACUUCGUCUUCCACGACAACUCUGUAUAAACGGAACUAGAGAAAGCCUUGCCUGGUGCUGGCUUCCGAAGGAGACAUAUUUUUCAGGGUCCAUGGUUGGUGGCAAUAAGGCGCUAUGAUAUUUUCAGGAUGCAUUUUUUCACCCGGCGGCAACUGGCGUCGGGGGAUUGAGGGACUACCAACAGAGUCCGCAAUGGACCGCAAGGCGUUUUGUCUCUCAUAAUAGACUGUGCAGAUACUUUGAAUGCUCGCAACAUUGCUGUUCAUGUUGCGC